AUGGGAAAGAAAAAUGUAAAAGAAGGAAUGUCUACUUUUCAUUCAAAAAAUAACUCUUUUAAAAAGAACUUAAAAAAACCAAAAAUUGUUUCAAAAACUAAAAAAGCAAGAUUAACGAAAGUUUUACGAGAAAACCAAUAUAUUUUCGAAAAAGGAGAGCUUGCCUCAGCAAAAGAUGCAGCAAGAGAAUUUAUAAAAGACUUCGAGGAAGGUGAAUCUUUAGGAUUAUUAUCGCAUUUGUCUUUCCUGAGCAAAGCAAUAAAAAGAAAUCUUCAAAUUACAUCAACAGAAGGAAAUUUAAAAUUGUUAAUAGAUCCAAAUGUCUCAAAAAGACCACCCAUUUAUCUAUAUUAUCAUAAAUCUGGUCACUGGACUCGGGAAAAUAAAAAAUAUCACAAUUGCGAUUGUCCGAGGAUAAAUAAUUGUCUCUUUAAAGCAGUUGCUUCACAAAUUAAUCGAACUCCUGCCGAAAUAAAAAAUUUAACCAUAAAAGAAAUGAAGAUAAAUGAAAAACACAUUGCUAGCAAGAUUUCAGAUAUACGCAUUUUAGAGUUACUUAAUCCUUUUGAAGUGGCGACAGAUGGGCUAAGAUAUGAUGGAACUAGUGCCAAAGAUGCGAAAAAAAUUCUAGACCACUCGCAAAAAAAUACUUGUCAUCCACAAAAUCUUUAUGGUCAUCCAAGAGGUCAUGCCUCUCAUCCUUCUGCGACAGGUUUCACCGAAUCAGUAGAAAAUUAUUCAAAAAAUUCUAGAAAAACGAGUUUUUUGAGUCGAAGUGAUCAAGAUAUGGUGGCUCAUUUGGCUCUUGAUUCAGAUCUGGCACAAGAAGCUAUAGAAAAAUUAAACAAAGGAUCAAAAAAUGCAGUAGUCGAAAUUAGUGCUCGGGAAUUGGAAGAUGAUAAUCUACCGAUGGCUAAUGAUUACAUAAAUGGAAGAGCUGUUGGUGAUCCUAAAUCUUUUCGAUGGGUAAAGGCUGUUUUGAGGCACCCUUCGAAAAAAGACAAAGGUGUGGACAUUCACGUCCAUACUUUUUUUCCAAGAUUGUAAUUAAAUUGCAGAGAUAUGAUUCUGAUAUGUAAACGCAAACAAUUUUACGGUAUUUAGGGUGGAAUUUAAAAUUUUAAACUUUAAAAAUUGAAAUUUAAAAGAUCUUUGAUUUAAAAAAUGUUGAAUUAAAAUGUUCAAUCAUUUACACUUGUAAAGCGGAAGUUAUUUACAUUUUCUCGUUUUUUCCCGGUUAGCAAAGUUUUCACGGUCAAUGAAAUAAACAAAUUAAAUCUAUAAAGCUAAACAAUUUUGCAUUCGGAGUAAUCAAAACUGAGCUUCAAAAUUUCAUUUCAAAAUAUUAAAACAUCUACAUGUUGUUUUAUAUUUAUUUAAAUUUUCAAUUA